AUAAGAAGCUCCACAUCCUGUCUCGUCCCCCUGAGUCUGACGGCCCUCUGGCCGCUCCUCGCCUGCCUGGGUUAGGGUUGGUGAAGGAUGGAGAGGAGGCCAGCCCUGCCCCUGGAGGAGGAGCAGCCCCCAGGGCCCCCGGGUUCACCCCUCAGGAUGAUGGGAGCAGCAACCACAUCCUGGUCUACGUAUCUGUUCUGGCUGCUGUGGUGCUGGGCCUGCUGCUCUACGUGGCCUACAAGUGCUGGACGUCGUAUAAGCAGAAGCAGGCGUUGAGUAAAGCGCGCGCUGCAGAGCUGGGGACGUGUCCUGAAGGAGAAAAACUCCACAGUGACAGCGGCGUGUUCCUGGACUCACACAGCCUGCAGGAGGGCCAACCAAGUAAAGGUAGUAAGAGGGACAGUAAGCAGGACGGCCGUCUGUACAUCAACCUGCCCCCCCACAGACAGGAGGAGGUGGAGCGUCUGCUCCAGGAGGGGAGCGGGGGCCGCAGAGGCUCCUGGAGGACCCUGGGGGCCGCGCUGGGCUACGAGCCCGAGCAGAUGGACCUGUUUGGGCACGGCGGCCCUGUACACACCCUCCUUUCCAACUGGGCUCAGCAGGAGGGCUCCACUCUGGGGCUUCUGUGCUCGGCGCUGGCCCGCAUCGAGAGGCCCGACGUAGCCGCCGCCCUCACCUGCCCUGCCCAGGGGGUGUCUGUGGUCUGAGGAAGGAGCCAUGGUUGGUCCCAAAUGGCACCCUAUUCCCUAUAUAGUGCACUACUGGUAAGCUAAAGGUCAAAAGUAGUGCACUAUGUAGGGUGCCACAGAGCCUUCCUCAUGAGCCUGAUAAGACUGGGUGGCAUUCAUUAGGAACCAAACGCAAGAAAACGGACUGAAUCAGGGAGUGACGACCUGAACUUGAACCAAUAAGAAAUGUUUGUUUUCCGUUGCGAAACAUACUGCUGCGGUGUGUACUAAUGAAUAUGACCCUUGUGGACAUAGGAGAGGAUGGAUGGGGCAAACAGCCCUCCUUCUCGCCCAGUGGGAUGGCAUGGCAUGCCAGGGGAGGUACUCUUGCCUGCCCCAUAAUGCCUCAGACCUUUGAACUGAAGAGGAUAGUGGAAGUGUUGUUGCUGGCUCGUUGAGCUGGUUCAUCCUCUAUUGGAAAUGUACAGUAUAUCCCCCAUUCUUCCAGUAUAUAUAUAUAUUUUACCAUACUUGUGUAUAAUCUGCCCAAGCGUUCUAGGAAUGGGUAUUUAUUUGCAGCAAUGUCAGAAGAAUCCACUCUCUUCCCUGAUUUGUUUUGCAGCAAUGUGAGGAGGAUGCACAACAGCUGACCGUAACUAACUGAACAGGCAUGGGAAUGAAAUACUCUGUAGAAUAUUCUUUACAACUAUGAAAUAAAGGCAUUCUGUUCAUAUUAACAAUCAGUCGUGAAUUUUAAGACCUUUGUAAAUAUUUGAUCAUAGAUUCAUUGUAAUAUAGUGUUAGAAAGGUUUUCAAGCGUGAAGGGGCAAUCGCAAACAUCUUUGACUGAGGAUGCAUGUCUCUCUCUCUCUCUCUCUCUCUCUCUCUCUCUCUCUCUCUCUCAGCUUCUCCAUCUUAAAGACAUUGAGAGGCCUCAAAUCAGUGAAGUACUAUCAGCGUUGCUCGUCACUGCCUUUCUCCUAUCAUGGUUUCUGGUGUGGCUGGCUAUCCAGAACAUUAUCGUUAUGGAACAAUCAAUCACUUAUUCUUGUCUAUAUUCCAAUGUCAUGGUGUGUGUUUUUCUAAGACGUCGUUUCAUAUAAUAAAUUGCUUUUGAAGGUG